AUGAGUAAGGACCAGGCACCCAGAUAUUCCAUGGAUAUCUCCCAUGUAACGUCAGUUGAAUUGCCACUAAUAGUAAAAAAUGUCGACAAAGCAAUAGCAAUGCUAGGAGGGAAGGAACGCAUACGUAAAGCUGUCAAUUCACAGUAUCGUCCUCUGCCGAUACAAGCAUCGAGCCACUCUGUUGAUGACCGCAAUUUGGAAUUGAGAUUGCGUAGCGAUCCUUUUCAUCAUCCCGUCCAAGCCUCAGUCAAUCACAGAGAGAAGAUUCUAUUGAAGGUGAGUGUCCCAAAGUCAAGUCUUCCAUCGGAUUACUACGAAAACCCCAGAAAAUACAAUGUUCGCGAGUUGAUUGCACGAACUAGAGAGCCUGGCAGCACUCCCCAUCAUGUUGAGCCAAUUGCCAUCAUCAACAAGAAUUUCAGCUUCAGGGGCAUGGCUGACUUUCAGAUGUCCACGAAGAACAAUGACAGAGUGCAAAACUUCAAAAAGAACAUGCUCCAGGCAAAUAAAUUCGAGGAGAUCAAGAAAUAUUAUGAGGAGGAAGUCGUCGUGAAAGAUGAGUUGAUUGAUUCUAAAACCUUCGAGAAUAGAGACCAUCAUUUCAUACCGCCGCCAUGUUUUAGCGGUAUAAGGUUUCCAUUUGACUAUAAAUACCAGAAAAAUCCAUUCACAGUGACAUUGAGGGACGAAAAUGGUGAUGCGAAGGUGGUGAUGAAGUUUGACCGCAAAAAACUAUUCACAAAUACCGUAGAUUAUAAUGCCGACGAAGUGCCCCAGCAGCCUCUUCCGGAGAUUGUCUCCAAGUUUGAGUGGAUGCAGACAACAGAUCUAUCUCAGGAAUAUUCAGACAAAAAGCUCUAUGAAUGCAUUCAAUUCAUCACGAAAUUAUUCAAUAUUAAGCCCAUCUGGCUUCGUCGCCUGUUAGUCGACGUUGUUCCGGAAAAUUUGAAAUCUGCUGUUAAGGAAGCGCUACCUUAUGUCUCUUAUUGUUACAAAAAUGGACCAUGGCGCUUCUGUAAUGUCAAACUUGGGGUGAAUCCCAGAGAUCUGCCUUCAUUUUGGGUUCACCAAAGUGAGAAUUUUCGAGUCUUGGGAAUUCAGACAAAAAUUGAUCACAAUGAGAUAGUUGGGAGAAUCGUGCCCCCAACCAUCCAGGUCGUCUAUCAUGAGGGAGAUGUACAGCUUUCGGAGAACUUAUUUUUCACAGGAUCCAAGCUUCCGAAGACUGUAAACUAUCAACUUGGAGAUGUUUUAGACCUGGAUGUGCGGACAUGUAUCAGGAAUGCAAUGGAUAAGAAUCAAUUUUUCCGGGACGAAGUGGAUGCUCAAGAUGGAUGGAUCCAAAAGCAAGUUAUAGAGACUGUGCGCCGCAUUAUCAAAUACAAGUUGAGACAGUUGAAGGACGAGGAAAUAAUUGACCCACUUAAGAUACUCAAAAUCGUGCAAACCGACUAUAAUAUAAAGGAUUCGGUGAAAGCCGCCAGCAAUUCUGCAACAGAUCAUCCAAGAAUGGAUCAAGAUGACGAAGAUGACCCCCAUGAAGAUUCUGAAGACGAUGACGAGGAUGAGGAUGUAGAAGAAGAAGAAGGUGAACUCGUCAAGAAUGAGAUUGACAAAAUGGACGUUGAUGUGAAGGAGAAUGAAGAUGCAACAGAAACAAAUGUAUUUUCCCGCAUCAAACAAGUUGACGAACAUACGGCUACGAAACUACAAGAAUUAGUGGGACUCAUCAAACAGGACAAUGUCAAUAAUGGUCAACCUUAG